AUGACCAGUCGCCCAGGCCCAGUCUCUGCCCCUUUUGCCGUCUGCGCCAGAAACAAUUCUCCUUCGCUGUCGCUGUGCCCCCAGCGAGUGGUCUACUGCCUGGCCUGUCGAGCUGCUGUACCGAAUGCCUGGGCAUUGCUUCGUCACUUGGAGACUCAACAUUCCAUGCGGUUGUACACUAUGCAUCCGCUCUCUGAGGAGCCGGCGAAUCAAAAUCCUACCAAUGAACAAGAGGAAUUAGGCCCAUACGAGGCAGGCGAGGAAAAGGAAGAGGAGGAAAAUAUUGACAGACAGUGUGGCAACAAUGGCAAUGAUGGGGAAGAGGGAAUAAAAAAGGAGGAAAUGAUAAUAAGGAAAAGAGAGCACAGCCUUGUUCAGGAUGAGAAGCGGACGAGCCAUGAUUUAUACGAAAUAGAUGAGAAUCCAGUGAGUAAAAAAGUAUUAAUUAAUGCAUGA